UGCCCUGAAAAGAUGCUUAUCUCAACCUUAGCAGUAAAAGGUCAAUUGGACAGCGGAAGCGUUGGGAAAAGGAAAGAGAAAAACGCAUGAACGUGGAACAGUUGCAGCCAAGUUUACAUAUUUCCUCUCCUCAUGUUAACGAGCAUGGUGCAAAACGCCUGAGCGUGGAACAAAAUCAGCCAAAUUUACAUGUUUCCUCUCCUCGGGUUAACGAGCAUGGUGCUCUUAACCUCUGCAAUAAAAGGUCCUUAGCCCAACGGAAACGUUGGGCAAAAAAUAGGCAGCAACGGCUAAUUGAAGGUGGCAGAAAUCAGGGGGAACAGUCAAAUGCAGUCUCAUUAGAAGUUGACAAUCAAAUUUUAAAUGCGUCUUCUAUGCAAUUCAAGGUUACACAGCCAGUAGGUACGCAGAAGAAAACUCGGCGUAAGAGAGAUGCAUCAAUCAAGGAGGCUAGCCAUACGAAACGGAUGCGCACGUGCUACACAACCCAAUUUCCAGACAAUGUUGUUCCAGAUAGUUUGAAUAAUUCAAGCAUAAUGGGCAACGACAACGAUAUGAUAGUGGAUGCAUCCAUUGAGCCCAUGGAAUCAACGGUCAGUUGCUAACGAAGAUUUUGUAUCAGAUGGAUCUGAUGAAUUCUGUGGUCUUUCGGACGAAGAGGAAGAUGUUGGUACGGAGAGAAUUAAAAACCAAAAAGAUUAUUUGCGCUUGUCUGUUCGUCAUUACCUUGGUAAAAUGGAUAUUGAAUGUUCUUCGUAUGGAACACUGCAUUGGAUCGAUGAGAGGACUGAAUCAACCAAGAAGAAUCCAAAAUUUUCAAGAUGUUGCCGAAAAGGCGUAACAUAUAUUAAAUCUUUUUUGAUGGAUCACAACCCAUUUCACUUCAGUUUUGUUCAACACUAUAA